AGGGGGAGCGAUGUCUGCGACGCACCGGAAGCAGCUCCGAGGAAGGAGUGAAGGAGACGUGUCUGUCUGUGAGGCGCUGGGUGCACUUCCCCAGGUCUCUGGGCUAGGAAGGCAGCGGCUAGGUGCCUCCCCAAGUACCCUUCGCGGACCCAGCCGAGCAGCGUGGGGCGAAGGCGGCGGCGAAGGCCCGGGCUGGGAGCAUUGGCGGCCGGAGUCCCAGCCAUGGCCGAGUCUGUGGAGCGGCUGCAGCAGCGGGUCCAGGAGCUGGAGCGGGAACUUGCCCAGGAGAGAAAUCGGCGGGCUCCGGGGAGCGGCGAAGGAGGGGGCGGCCGGGUCCGCAUCGAGAAGAUGAGCUCAGAGGUGGUGGAUUCGAAUCCCUACAGCCGCUUGAUGGCAUUGAAACGAAUGGGAAUUGUAAGCGACUAUGAGAAAAUCCGUACCUUUGCCGUAGCAAUAGUAGGUGUUGGUGGAGUAGGUAGUGUGACUGCUGAAAUGCUGACAAGAUGUGGCAUUGGUAAGUUGCUACUCUUUGAUUAUGACAAGGUGGAACUAGCCAAUAUGAAUAGACUUUUCUUCCAACCUCAUCAAGCAGGAUUAAGUAAAGUUCAAGCAGCAGAACAUACUCUGAGGAACAUUAAUCCUGAUGUUCUUUUUGAAGUACACAACUAUAAUAUAACCACAGUGGAAAACUUUCAACAUUUCAUGGAUAGAAUAAGUAAUGGUGGGUUAGAAGAAGGAAAACCUGUUGAUCUAGUUCUUAGCUGUGUGGACAAUUUUGAAGCUCGAAUGACAAUAAAUACAGCUUGUAAUGAACUUGGACAAACAUGGAUGGAAUCUGGGGUCAGUGAAAAUGCAGUUUCAGGGCAUAUACAGCUCAUAAUUCCUGGAGAAUCUGCUUGUUUUGCGUGUGCUCCACCACUUGUAGUUGCUGCAAAUAUUGAUGAAAAGACUCUGAAACGAGAAGGUGUUUGUGCAGCCAGUCUUCCUACCACUAUGGGUGUUGUUGCUGGGAUCUUAGUACAAAACGUGUUAAAGUUUCUGUUAAAUUUUGGUACUGUUAGUUUUUACCUUGGAUACAAUGCAAUGCAGGAUUUUUUUCCUACUAUGUCCAUGAAGCCAAAUCCCCAGUGUGAUGACAGAAAUUGCAGGAAGCAGCAGGAAGAAUAUAAGAAAAAGGUAGCAGCACUGCCUAAACAAGAGGUUAUGCAAGAAGAGGAAGAGAUAAUCCAUGAAGAUAAUGAAUGGGGUAUUGAGCUGGUAUCUCAGGUUUCAGAAGAGGAACUGAAAAAUUCUUCAGGUCCAGUUCCAGACUUACCUGAAGGAAUUACAGUGGCAUACACAAUUCCAAAAAAGCAAGAAGAUUCUGUCACUGAGGUAACAGUGGAAGAUUCUGGUGAAAGCUUGGAAGACCUCAUGGCCAAGAUGAAGAAUAUGUAGAUAAUGGACUGGGAUAUAUUUUAUUUCUCAUGUUAAAGCCUCUUCCCUUGAAAUUAAAAAAAAAAUUUUAACUGAUAAAACUUAGGGCAACAUUAAUUAAUGUAUAUUCUUACCUGAAUUGUUAUACUUUUUGAAAAUCCUGUGACUUGCCUGUUUCUCCCUGCUCCAGUGAAAUCAUUAACUCUCCUGAAAUGUAUGUUUCAUUCUAGUAAGAAAACCUCAAAGGAUAUUGUAGGAUAUAAAUCUUACUUGAAAACAUAGCUGUCGAAAUGUUUUGGCCUUUUGGAGUGGGGAAAGGACAAAUCUGAUCCUGUAAUCUUUUUCUUUCCAGUAAUCCCUUGUGUCUGUUGCAUGAGGACAUGGACAAUAAAGCAGUACAUGAUUCUCGGAUACAGGGAGAAGGACAAGGCAUACAGCUUAUUGAUUAGAGCUGGCAAGCAUCUGCUCAUUAUGUAUAGAAUUGCUUUCUAUAAGAAAAUUGCCCACUACUUCUAACUUGAUCAACAAUGAAUUCAAAAUAGUUAAUCUAUGAAAUAACAUCCUCUCAAAUGUUUGCUGAUGAAAUACAAGUUGAAAUGUAGUUAUUGGAAAAGUCUGUAACCUGUGGAUUAUAUAUAUUCAAAGUGAGACAAAGGCAAAUAAAAAGCAGCUAUCUUCAUGAAUAGACAAAGUUGAUUUCAGGAAGUAUAAAUUAUAUUCUGCACCGACCCAGGAAUAGAAAUUAUUGCACCUGUGGAACAUAUAUCUGGAGUUACUAUACUUUACUGAAGAGCAAGGCAUUAAUUUAGACUAAAAUCCAUCCAGAUUACACGCAUUCUUUAGGUCGCUCCUGGAUACUUCAUUUAAAUUUGAUUCUCAAGGUAAUGAGACGUUGGCAAGGUUUGUCCUGUAUAUUAGGCAUAAAGGAAAAAUUCUAAACUGCCUCUGCAAUGACUUGUAGUCAGUGGUAGAGUAUCACUUUCCCUGAUCAUGAUCACUAAACUGUAAAUUGAUAUAAAUUAGUUUUCUCUGGAGUUACAUCCAAGUAAUGAAGACUUAAGAGAACCUUGGUUGAAAUAAAUUUCUAAUAGUUUUGAAACUCAUAAAUACCAUGCAGGUGUAGCCAUUGCCAGUAGGCUGUUUCUAUGCUUAUUUCCUAUUUUGACUUUUACGUUGAAGAUAGGAAUAUCUAAAUUAUAUCUCUAGGGAGAAAAUGUUGUAAAAAAUUAAAAGUGCAUUCCUGAUUUGUAAAAUAAAGUUCAAAAAACUGA